CACUAUCACAACGGAAUAGGUUACCGGAUGUGCUCUUCAAAGCAGGGUAUGACGAGUUCCGGCUUUCACCAGCGGCUGGUGAAAACAUGGCAUCGGGAGAUCGCUUUACAAGUUCGCUUCUGACUCUGCCGAGGUUUGGUCAAGAGGACGUGGUCCGAUUAGUGAACGAACAUUCGCAGGUUAAAGGAUCCAAGCUGGACAAAGGCUACAAGCUGUUUUUCGAGCAGUUUAUUUUUAACUACAGAGUGUCAGAUUUAGUGAACGAUGAAGUGGUAGUGCAGGCAAGCUGUUACCGGUCGAUGCGAAAGAGAGAAGAGCCCCAUACACUACAGGUUGUCCUGCAUGCAGUUCAUCCUGUGGCAUUAAACGGCUUCUGCUGUUCGUGUGCUGCUGGAAAGGCUUUGUGUAACCAUGUUGUUGCACUGCUUUUUCAAACUGCACACUACAGCACAAUGGGAGUGAAGACGGUGGCACCACCUUUGCCAUGCACUAGUGUUCUUCAAACUUGGCAUAGACCAAGAACCCAGGGAAUUCGUCCAGAACCCAUUGAUGAAUUUGUGGUGCGAAAACCAAGGGCAUCAGGGCGAAGUUGUGUCAAAUCCACGCUCUACCGAGCCUACCCAGGACCUCUCCCUGAUCCUGCAGUGUUAUCUGCUGGAGACUGCCUAAGAGACCUCAGACCACAACCAGGAAUAUGUAAGAUCUUGUGUGGCCUUACCAACAUGACAUUAGUGGACUCAAAAUUUGGACUAGUCCCCCAUGGUUCAGUUCUUUCCUAUCAGUGUCCACCUGUGGUAACACGAGAAAUCAGUAAGCAUCCAGAAGCCCCCUUGUUUCCACAGCUUCCACUAAAUGGCUACAAGUUAGAAAAGCAGUUACAUUUUGUUCCCAAUAGUCAUCAAUUUUAUCAUUUGGAAAGUUUGGAGGUCACAACUGAACUAUCAAGUGUCAUUGAAAAAAACACAAGAGAGCAGUCAGAGAGUCCAUUGUGGAAGCAAGUGCGUCAGCCACGACUGACCUCCAGUAGAUUUGGUGAAGUAUUUAAAGUACAGGGGGAGUCAUCUAGUCAGGCUUUAGCAGCCAGGAUCCUUAAGGGGGUGCGGCAAACACCUGCCAUGAAGAGGGGUAUUGACCUUGAGCCAGAGGUCUUGCAGCAAUACAGUGACCUGUGUAAUGUAAAUGUGUCCCCUUGUGGAUUUGUUAUACACCCUGAUACACCUUACCUUGGUGCCAGCCCCGAUGCCAAGGUGUAUGAUCCUACAGCAGAUCCUCCAUUUGGGCUUGCUGAAGUAAAAUGCCCAAAUGUUGAGAACAUAACAGAUGCUACGCACAUUAAGUUCAUUAGUGGUCAAGCCAAAUUAAAAAGGACCCACAAGUAUUUCUUGCAGGUCCAAGGCCAGAUGGCCAUAACUGGCUUAGCUUGGUGUGAUUUUAUCACAUCUACCAAAAGUGACCUUACUGUUGAGAGAGUUUGGCGAGAUGAUUCCCUACUUGCAGAAAUGAAGGAAAAGCUUGACCUCUUCUAUUUAAACACCUAUAUGAAUUCCUACUUGAAUAUGAACUAAAUGGCUGGUAAAUCUACAGUUGUAAAACUUAUUCACAGCAUGUAGUGUAAUAUACAAAUAUCUGUUAACUUUAGGGACCUUUUUCUUGUAAUGUAUCUUAAUGUGUUUAAUGUGUGUAAUUGUAUUUUUAUGUAAAUUGUAUUGCUCUUUUCAUAACUUAGGAAUACCCUGUUUUACAUAAUGAAAGCAAACAAAU